CGGCAACGUCCGGUGAAAGUCUUUCACCGAUUCGGUCUUUCGCUGGCCGGAUUUCCACUCGACCGUUCUCUCAUUUCGUAUUCAGUAUUCGCUGGGAAUUCGCGAGCGCUAGGGCUCGUCGCGAUCCGUUUCUUCGGCGUUUCUUCGGGCGGUUUUUGUUUUCUUUUUUCCCGAGCCGGAUAAUCUUGCCCGGAGUUUCUCGGCGAGCGGCCGACGCGCAGAAAACUCCGCCGAGAUCGGAGAUAAGCGAGAGCAGAAACGGUGAAUAUGAGUGGCGGAGUUGCGGGGGGCAUCGCGUACGAAGAGUGCACGGGCGACGGCGAGAGGAUUCUGAAUCCGUUCGUUCAUCGGCUGGAAUUGGAGACUACCUAUGAGAAAAUUAAAACAGCCAUCUUGACCGUCGUCCUGCUGCCCAUCAGGGUAUCGGUGAUUUGCUUCUUCGUCUGCGUCGGCUGGCUGUUCGCCUUCGUCGGUCUCUGGGGCCUCACCGAGGAGGAACUGCGACAGAAGCCUUUGGACGGAUGGAGAAACGUGGUGCGGCGUUCGUGCGCCGUGCUGAUGCGCAGCCUCUUCGUGACGGCCGGCUUCCGGCCGACGAUAAUCGGGCGCCAAUCGACGCGGACGCAGGCGCCCGUCGUGGCGCUGGCGCCGCACUCGUCGUUCGCCGACGGCGUCGCCAUGGUGUACAUGGGAGGGCCGAGCAUCGUGGCCAAGGGGGAGAUCGCCGCGUUGCCAUUCUUCGGCAAGCUGAUCAAUUUCACGCAGCCGGUGUACGUGUGGCGGGACGAUCCGGAUUCGAGGCAGAACACCAUCAGGGAGAUCGUCGAGAGGGCCAAGUCCGAUAUGGAUUGGCCGCAGAUUCUCAUCUUUCCCGAGGGCACGUGCACCAACAGGUCCUGCCUGAUCACUUUCAAGCCAGGUGCUUUUUAUCCAGGCGUUCCCAUUCAACCGGUUUGCAUUCGAUACCCCAAUAAAGUGGACACGGUGACGUGGACUUGGGACGGACCGAGCGUUUGGAAAUUGCUGUGGUUGACUCUCACGCAGCCCUACAGCAACUGCGAGAUAGAAUUUCUGCCCGUCUACACGCCGAGCGACGAGGAAAAAAAGGACCCGAAGCUGUUCGCGAAAAACGUCAGGGCCGUCAUGGCUAAAGCUCUGGGCGUCCCGGUGACGGAUUAUUGCUACGACGACUGCCUCAUGAUGGCGAAGGCCAAGCAAAUGAACCUUCCGCACGCCGCUUCGCUGGUGGAAGUCAACAAAUUGAGGCUCAAACUGGGCAUGACGGGCUCGAAAACCGAGGAGGCGCUGAUCGAAGCCAAAUCGCCGAACGACUACACGCGCGGUAUGGAUUUCCCCGAAUUCGCCCGAACUGUCGGCGUCCCGACGGAUAACUGGGCGUCGCGACAACUAUUCCGCACCUUCGAUAAACAAAACUUCGGCACGAUAGACUUCAGGGAGUACCUCCUGGGGGUUGUAGGAAUCGAGAAGGACCGGACUCCUCUAGACGUGUUACGAGUCGCUUGCAAGAUAUACGACGGGAGCGGCUUCGGGCGUUUGUCCGCCGAGGAGUUCGCCAAGGCGUCGUGCCAGACGCUGGCGUUGAGCAGAGAGCACGCGCUGGAGGUGUUCGAGCAGGUCGAUAAGAACCGAUUGGGGUACGUGACGUACGAUUCGUUCGUGGAGUACGCCCGGAGGAAGGCGGAAUUCGCCGGUCACUUCGGCUUCGAGGAGAAGCCGGCGGCUCGCAACGGCAAGAAGGCCGACUGAUCGGAGGUGGCUUAGUAGAGGAUAAUAUUCGUUGGAUCAUCUGGCUUGGAAGUACCGGAAAGAGCAAGGAAAGUUUGACCUACUUGGUGAUUAUACCUGUUAAAAUCGAAAUAACCGGUUGGUCAAAUUCCAAACGUUAGAUUCACCCUUUACUCGUUUUCGUUUGGGUCGUUAAUUAUUGACGUUGACUCGUACAAAUGUACCGGGAUCGUUCGGUUAUUAAUGACACGUUCGCCAGUUGAUUUCAAUUUGUUUUAGUGUAGAAUUCGAUUUGGUUUAAGAAUUUUAAAGACACUUUCAUUAUUUAUUGCACCUACCAAGUACUCUCGAGUACUUGCGGCGUCCGGUAAUUAAAAACGAUUCUUGUAUAUAUAUAAAAUUGACCACUUAGAAGUAAUUAUCAAGGAUUUGUUUGUGACUUUAAUUGCGGCAAACGCUUCUUAUGAAUAAUAGAGGUAUUCUCGUACAUACAAUUUUAUUAUCGUGUUUUCUGUAAAAUAAGGAUUCACUUACCUUAUACAGGGCGUCUCAAAAUUAUCGCAUAUCCUUAAAUCGAAUAUAUCAACGUAUAGAACGGAUGUAAAUUUUGGGACAUACUGUAUGUGUAGGUUAAAAAGUUACUUUGUUGUUUUUGUUGUUAUUUAAAUGUGUAUAUAAACGCGUUAUUUAUUCGCUAUUGGAUUAUUUGAAAUGUCGCGUACGUUUUGAAUGUGUAAAUAAAGUUGGGUGGUAUUAUAAGGAGAUGGAGAAAUAUUUUUCGUGGUGUUUCGAAGUGUGUUAUGAGUGUAAUUUUUACUUCAAUAAAAAAC